UAGGUCAGGAAAGGAAUGAUGAUGAAGCCUGACCGAAUUGUGAGUUGGGGAAGCAGAAUGAGAAAGAGGAAGUCAAUAAGACAAGUGACAAAGCAAAAAAAAAAAAAGAUAUUUGAAGGUACGGAGGCGUUAUUGCGUCGCGUCUGUGUUCAGCAUGACAGGAGCAGUUAUGCAACAGCCUUGUAUGAUCAUGCCGCUUCUUUUGACCGACUGCAUUUAAGAACAGUCCUCGUAUCAUCCAUCCCGCUCCAUCGUAGCGCGUAUCUGUGAUGCGUGUUAAUUCCUCUUAGAGCCGAUGAUGUGGAGCAGAGCACUGGAUCGGAUGCAUGCAGCAAAGCGAGGCAGUGCUGCGCUUGACUAGGGGGUCAAUAGGUCGUAACCACUGGCGGUUGUGAGGGGGCGGGGAGAACUAACCACUCUGGACGACAUGGCGGAUGCUGGAAUAUUUACAACCAGGUUGGCCCCGCGUGGAAACCAUGGAAAAACAUUGAAAAUUAUUCCGGCACCCGGCAGCACAUAUGUUCCCAAUGGGCCUUCGUUUGGUGCUGCCAAUCACGGUCUCCUCGCACUGGAAGUGCACGGGAACAGGCAACCCAACUCUCCAAACUUCCGCACACGUUAACAGCGACUUCGCUAAUCUCCGCCUUAAUGUGUAUUCCUGUAAUCCUUACGAAACCGGGACGGCUUUACAUGCUCUCCACGCAUGAGGCGGAUCCUUUAACAUCUGCUCAGCAGAUAUCGACAAAGUGGCACAAGAUCUCAUUGAUCAGGCUCUUCCGGGAGAGGAAUUGAACACCAGCUUUGCAAUCACUAGUGAUUGGGUCCUCAUAGAAGGUAUCGAUAGGGACACAGAUUGGGUGAUUUCCUUUCUGUCCUCCAAUCACGUGGCCUACUUAGUAGUAUUAAAUGUCGUCUUUGUGUGCAGUUGAACUGUAACUCUACCAAAGGCAGGAGAAGGAUGAAACUAACACGUUAUUGACUUUAUUGACUUAUGGGGGUUUGACAUGUGCAAUGGUUCCAGUUCAGUCAGUUUUGUUGGGCUUUUAAAUGUGAUGGAACCAACGUCAUCUUCUUUUGAUUAUCUCCCGACAAGCUCGCAUCCAUUUGCAUCUCUCCUGUAAUGAGCACGGCAUCUUCUUGUCGGAUUGCCCUGACCGUUGUUUUCUCUCCCGUUUCCCUGCCUCUCAUACAUCUCCGAUACUCCAGGUGAUAUACUUUAUGCGUGAGAGAGAGCAGCCAGGUUAUGUACAGCAUCAGUAACCUCCGUGCAGGCAGGUGGUGAGUCACUAAAUAGGUUUGUCUUUUUCCCGGGCCCCCCCCUUAGGGACGACCUCUUUCCACUGACCCCAUCUUGGCACUGCUGCAUGUGCACACAUACCAGCCUACACACUCUUUGGCAUGAGGAUCUCUUACAGAGUUGCAGUACAAAUAUAUUCAGUCUGCUUUGAACACGUUAACACCCAUUGCUGAGGCUGCUCCUUUUUUGGGGGGGGGGAUUGAGUCCAUUCAGGUUUUCAGGCCACAAUGAUAUUGAUGCGUUUCUGCGACAAAAUAAGCUAUAACAGCUACAAUAUCCAGACUCGUGUUACAUCGUGGAGCAGCUGCACUCCAAACAAUCCUGUGAGAUAUGACAUCAUCAGCACCAGGACUGGAAUGAGGAAAUCCCCCGCAGGACUCUGCCUUGCCUCCGUAGUUAACCUUUAACCAGCCGCUCUCUUGAAAGCACGUCUCACUUACUGAACGCCUGCGAUAAGACAAAGUGUAAUUUGCCGUGCAUCAAAACUCCUUCUUGACAUGAAAUGGCUAUGGAGUCGGCACCGUGGGUGCAACUGGUCCACGUGGAAUUCCAUGUUAAACAUUUAUUGUAGAGCGCUUUAGUUGUCUGAGCGGUGGCAGCAUCAGUCUAUCCUGACCACAUCGUUCGCCACUAUGUUGUAUGUCUGGAACCCCCCCCCCCUCACACCCCACAGACUGGGUGCCUGUUUCCUGCCACAGCGGAACAGGGAGGGACUUCCUGCCUGCCGACUCACACUCCAUAUAUGUCCUUCAGAGAUGUGAUGAUGGCAAGGCAACGUAAUCUUGUUUGCUAUGUUCGAGAAUAACAGCCAUUCCGGGUAGCGUUUGUCAGAGAACAUGAAGCAGUCCGACUAUUGGAAUCAGCUAUCUGGGCCAUGUUGGAUUGUUUAUUAUUCAUAGAUGUAUUUAUGCAUGCUGGUAAUUUGAGGUUUUGCGUAACUUCAAAGGCAAAUAUGUAGAGCAGGGGUUGCCAACUCGGCGAUCGCGAUCCACUAGUCCAUCUUUGGGACUUUUUUUGGGACGCUCCAGGAGGGUUCGACGUUAAAUGACAUCACACCGGUCCUCGUUCACUUCAAGAGUUGAAUGUUUUGUGCUUAAAAAAGCAAAGAGCGCCUUUCCUACCCCGGACUUCUUCAUCUGCUGAUGCUAUUGAGCCAACACAAUAAAACACAAAUCAAUGACCAAGUCAUUAAAGACCUUUGCCAUGUUUGAUCCCUGCUUGUGUUUUGGGGUGCAAGUUUUAUUUUUCCGGCAGGAGCCUAGAGCCUACGUCGGCCAUGUUGACAGCGUGGAGCGCUGUCUUUUUAAAUGCGAUGUGGAGAGGAGUGUGUUGGUAGCAACACACAUCCUUUGGGAGCGCCGUGCUCAGAGGACAGACGCUCCGGUCGCGUUCCCAGGACUCCCGAAAUGGUCGGCAAAACACGGAAAACAUCUGCUUUUGAGGAAUGCGAGCCCGAGUGAAGCCACGCGUUGGUCCUGGAGAGACUCCGCCGCACCAUGUUUCAUUUAUUCAUCAGGUCAUCACAUCUGAUGCCAAGGCUGAAGGAGUCUCGCUCCCAUGAGUCACUGCUCAGUCCCAGCAGCGCUGUGGAAGCCCUGGACUUAAGCAUGGAGGACGAGGUCAUCAUCAAGCCCGUUCACAGCAGCAUCCUCGGGCAGGACUACUGCUUUGAGGUGACGACCUCCUCGGGAAGCAAGUGCUUUUCCUGCCGCUCAUCGGCCGAGAGGGACAAAUGGAUGGAGAACCUGAGGAGGGCGGUCCAGCCAAACAAGGACAACAGCCGGCGAGUGGAGAACAUGCUGCGGCUGUGGAUCAUCGAAGCCAAGGACAUCCCAGCCAAGAAGAAAUACUUCUGCGAGCUGUGCUUGGACGACUCGCUGUACGCCCGCACCACCUGCAAGCUCAAGACGGACAACGUCUUCUGGGGGGAGCACUUUGACUUCAACAACCUGCCGGCGGUGCAUAGCAUCACGGCCCACCUCUACAAAGACAGCGACAAGAAGAAAAAGAAGGACAAGAACAAUUACAUCGGACUCGUCAACAUCCCAGUGGCGGCGGUCACCGGCCGGCAGUUUGUGGAGAAGUGGUACCCGGUGAGCACGCCCAAUCCCCCCAAGGGCAAGACGUCAGGACCUAUGAUCCGGAUCAAGGCCCGCUACCAGAGCAUGAGCAUCCUGCCCAUGGAGAUGUACAAGGAGUUUGCAGAGUACACCACCAACAACUACAUGCUCCUAUGCUCCGUGCUGGAGCCUGGGAUUAGCGUCAAGAACAAAGAGGAGAUGGCGUGCGCGCUGGUGCACAUUCUGCAGAGCACCGGCAAAGCCAAAGACUUCCUCACGGACCUGAUGAUGUCGGAAGUGGACCGCUGCGGGGAGAAUGAGCAUCUGAUCUUUAGGGAGAACACGCUCGCCACCAAGGCCAUCGAGGAAUACCUUAAGCUUGUGGGACAGAAGUACCUGCAAGAUGCUCUCGGUGAGUUCAUCAAGGCUCUGUAUGAGUCUGAUGAAAAUUGCGAGGUGGACCCUUCCAAAUGUUCCUCAGGAGACCUUCCGGAGCACCAGAGCAACCUGAAAAUGUGCUGCGAGUUGGCCUUCUGCAAAAUCAUCAACUCCUACUGUGUUUUCCCUCGAGAGCUGAAAGAGGUGUUUGCGUCGUGGAGGCAGGAAUGCAGUAACCGGGGUCGACCGGACAUCAGUGAGCGCUUGAUCAGUGCCUCCCUCUUCCUGCGCUUCCUGUGUCCAGCCAUCAUGUCGCCCUCGCUCUUCAACUUGAUGCAGGAGUACCCUGACGAUCGCACGGCACGGACGCUGACGCUCAUCGCCAAGGUCACGCAAAAUCUGGCCAACUUCACCAAGUUUGGUAACAAGGAAGAGUAUAUGUCCUUCAUGAACCAGUUCCUGGAGCACGAGUGGACCAACAUGCAACGCUUCCUGUUGGAGAUCUCAAAUCCGGAGACCAUCUCUAACACAGCAGGCUUUGAGGGCUACAUUGACCUGGGCCGGGAACUGUCCACCCUGCACUCUCUCCUCUCGGAGGUGGUGUCCCAGAUGGACCAGAGUGCCACCUCAAAGCUGGGACCUUUGCCAAGGAUUCUGCGGGAGGUGACCACGGCGCUGACCAACCCCGCCAGCAUCCAGGUGAUGCCCGGGCAGUCGAUGCAGCAGGGGGGCUCACCACCAGCCGAGGCGAGCUGCAGCAUCUCCACUGGGCUGCAGAAGAUGGUCAUCGACAACGACAUCACGGGAUUGGUUGAUUUCACACGGCUGCCGUCCCCCACCCCAGAAAACAAAGACCUAUUUUUUGUGACGAGGAGCACAGGGAUCCAGCCUUCCCCAGCACGGAGCUCAAGCUACUCUGAAACCAACGAGCCAGAGCUGGGCAUGGCCAAUGGAAGCAAGAGUCUGUCCAUGGUGGACCUGCAAGACCCCCGCAGUAUGGAAGUUGGUCAAGGUCCUGGAACCCCUGAUAACCACCUAGCUGAAGUUCCGGCCUCAGUGGGAGGCUGGGCUGGCAGGGUCCCACAGUGCAACAUCCCAGGUGGUCCAACCUUGAGGAGGCCCGGACAGACCCCGACCACGCCAAACACGGACAGCGCUCCGGGUCGACCUGCCCAGCUACUUGCACCCUUGUCCUUCCAGAAUCCAGUUUACCAGAUGGCCACCUGCUUGCCCGUGUCCCCGCGGGGUAUGACCGACUCAGGCUCAGAGUGCCACAGUUCAGUCAGUUCCCAUAGCAACAAUGAGGACGGACCACCAGGUGGGAAGCAUUCCUUCUUGAACCAUGGCGGCGGCGGGAGUAGUAGCGACGAAUAUACCAGGCGCUCUGGUGAGUUCAACCGCCGACAGCUCUCGCUCAACGAGGCGCAGCACCAGCCCACCGUCCCCCGACAAAACAGUGCCGGCCCCCAGCGGAGGAUAGAUCAACCUCCUCCGCAGAGCAUCACGCGGGGUCGCACACCUCCUAAUCUGCUCAACAGCGGAGCCUAUCCCAGGCCCGGCUCUGGCAGCAUGAUGACAUCGUCCCCGGACUGGCCAGUCAGCGGCGCUCGUUUACGUCAACAGUCGUCAUCGUCUAAAGGGGACAGUCCUGAGACCAAGCAGAGGGCUCAGCAUAAACAGGCCCCUUCCCCAGUGAACCCCAGUGCGCUGGACCGCACAGCAGCCUGGCUAUUGAAUAUGAAUAUGCAGUAUUUAGACCAUGAGGGGAUGGAGCACGACUCACUGAGACACAGAGAGGAUCUGACACAGGUACAGAAGUACCAGCAGGAGAUCGCUCUGCUGCAGGAGAAACUGCGGGCGUCUGUGCAGAAGCUGGAGGAAUACGAGGCCCGUCUUAAAGGCCAGGAUGAGCAAGCCCAGAAGGUGCUGAUGGAGUACCAGGCCAGGCUGGAGGAGUCGGAGGAGCGCUUGCGCCGGCAGCAGGAUGACAAGGACCUCCAGAUGAAGGGCAUCAUCAGCAGGUUAAUGUCGGUGGAGGAGGAGCUAAAGAAAGAUCACUCGGAUAUGCAGGCAGUGGUGGACUCCAAGCAGAAAAUCAUUGACGCACAGGAGAAGCGCAUUGCUUCGCUGGAUGCCGCCAACGCCCGUCUAAUGAGCGCCCUGACCCAGCUGAAAGAGCGCUACAGCACGCAGUCGCGCAACGGCAUCUCACCGACCAACCCCACCAAACUGCAGAUCACCGAGAACGGAGAGUUCCGGAACAGCAGUAACUGCUAGAGACAUGAACCCUACGACGGUGAAGACAGAACCCAGAUUGGAAAACUCAGUGGGAAUGUUAUUUUAACAAGGACAGCGCUGGUGGAAGACAUUUCCACAUUUUGUGCGCAGUACGCGAGUGCCGAUUGCAGGACGCAAGAGGCGAGACCUGAGCUCGAGGGACAGAGCACCGGACGGCCUUCGUUGGGAGGGCGGGUCGGAGCUUGUACAUAUGAACUAUCCACCCAACAUGUUUCCAUUGGAUGUAUGAGGCUGCUGGGAUAACGGAUGGAGCCGCCUGGGAUGAACCACUAUGUGGCGUGAGGACUCCUCGACAACCACUCAGAAACAUUGCAGAAUCACUGUUGAGGAUAAAUAACUAGUGCUUUACCUUAAAGUCCAUGUUUAUAGACAACCAAAUAGGAACUAAAAAUCCUGAUAUUUUUAGUCCAAAACCAACCUCUUCGAUCAGCCCUUGGGCGUGCUGUUAAGCGUCCCGGGUGACCUCCCCCAGCCCCGAACCCCCAUGUAGUGCACUUUGUGAAAGCUAUUGGUACAUGAAACGCCUUAAGCUAGGAUCGCAACUUUAUUCCACAGCUCGGCUAUUUCUUGCAAAGAAAAAAAAAGACAAAAAGGCACAAUUAUAUGCUGUGGAUUUGUAAAGGAUAGAGCUUGUACAAACGUAUAUGUAUUAUGAAAGUAAAUCAGAUUUAUGUGCUACUUUAUUGAUGCAAUUUAAUAUAGAUGUAUGCGUUUCCAUUUUGCUUCUAGAGUAUACACACACAUACCUAUAUUUGAUAAUUUCAAAUAUAAGAGCAGACUUGUAUUUAGGAGUUUUAUUUUUCUUCUUAAAAGAUGAAUAACGGGAGAUGGGAGGAAAACGCAACCUGGAAGCACCGGCGCCGCUUCCUUUAGAAUCUGAUUACAGUUGAUCAAGUUUCCUGUUCUUGGCGCAGUUCUGAGAAGGAUCUCAAGAUAGUCUUGGAUCUGAGUCCGGGUCACGUGUACUUUUCUUGCGCAAGUAGCUGGAGAUGUGAGGGAUGUGUUUGACACGCUAUACACUGGAUUUGGCGAGCAGCGGCUGUAAAGGACCUUUGUUACGAAUUCUCUCCCAUGUUGGUGAUGAUUUUAGGUCCAAAACGUGACUUGGUUGAAGCAGAAUCUGCUCUGUGGGUUUUUUGUCCUGUCCUAACGCUUCUCCUGGACCUUCCCGAAAAUCCUAACCUACUAGAAAACCUAAGCCCAGCAUUAAACUCCGACUGCCACACCACUUUUCGCCAUACUACACUAAAAACCAACCCUUUCCUUAAUUCCUAAUACUAAUAUCCUAGGAAAUGUAACCGAAAGAUUCUCUCAAUACUGAAUCCCAACACUGACUCCCUGAGCCCACCACCCUUACCUUUACCCACCCCCCAACACUAAACUACUAAAUCCUACCCUACCGGCAUAAACCUUAACCUUAUCCCAACUAAUGACUAUCCUACUCGAAAAUAUAACCCCUUCCCUAAAACCAAAUUCUUAUCUAUACCCUUACACUGCUUCCUGAAACUAAUUCCCUGUAUUGUACCCUACCCUAAGACCCAAACCGAACCCAACUCUAAUCUUACACUCCUACCUUAAACCUCCCUGAAGAUCCUUUCCCCACACAACUCUAAAACCAAGACCUCAAUCCCAACACUACCCCGACACAGAUUCUCGACACCCUACCACCCUUACCAGUACCCAUGAUUCUUCUGAAUGUGAAGCCACUAGCAAGUCCUGCUAAACUAAUUUUGGAUCCUAUUUGCCUUCCUUACCAGUGGUAGCUAUUGUUUUUGUUACCAAUCAGGAAGUAAUGCAAAAAGAGAUAUGAGUCAAUAUAUAUGAGUGAUUCUGGACAGUCUGGUCUAGUGUAAAUAAAAAGCUGACACUAUUUUUUACCUAAAGUUGACAGAGCUUUUUGUAAACGUACCUCGUCGCUCGCCGCUCGCUCCAACUCUGCUGUAUCGUCAUGGGUGUUUGUAAAUACAAACUAGCUCCUCGGUUGUAAACCCGUCACCCAUUCAGUGUUCUUCCCCCCUCGUUAUGGCGAAGUUUUUACUGUGCGAUCGCGAGCCAAACAACACAUUACGCAAACAGGUGAGAGUCUUGGCCGGUUUAGUUCAGUCUCGACGAGACUGGCGAGCACAAUCCUGAAUUUCUCAUCAGUUAAUGUCUAUGCACUUUUAUGUUAAAUGGCUGUUUGAUUAGUUUGUUUUAUUGUUGUUUUUACGCAGCACCUAUGUCAAAUUGUAUCUGAUGACAUCUGAAAAAAAGAUUUCACACAGAAUCAAAAACAUUCUAACACUAAAAUGAAGACUAUGCAGCUUUGAAGUCUUUUUUGAUUUACUUCUCCUAAACAAAGCCUCAUAAUUAUGGCAUCCCUCGCAAUGUUUAGCUAGCAGGAAUCCAAUACGGAUCAAGUUCAUAAAGGUAUGGAAAAAACAUAAUAAGUUAAUAAGUCAUUAACAACCAGCUACUUCCCUGAUUUUACCAGUUCAAGUUUCUUGUUUGUUAGGUUUUUUUAUAUUAUCAUUAUGAACCUUUGUGGGGCCCCGUACUAAGAUUCCGGUACGUUAGCUACUCCCGCCUGUGAUGGUAAAACUAGCUCUUAGGCUAACUUUUUAGCUAAGUGGCCAAAAAAAAGUUGCAGUCUCUCUUUACGACUGUUGCGAAUGUUACUUGUGCUCCCGUACAUUAAAACACUCUUUAACAUUGUCUAGCCCGCUAUGCUAACGCCGUAGAAUCUUUCCGAGUUUACAGGACGAGCUCAAGCAGAAGAUAAAUCAGCUAUAAAUACAGCAAAAAAUAAAAUAAAAAAGAUGUAUGUUUUCUAUGAACUUGUAGAAAAUACUUUUUGUAAGUAUGUUGAAAGUCUAUAAAGUAUUUGUUGCAUUAACGACCGUGACAAAACAAUAAUGUACAGAGGAACUUGUGUUGUCAACAUGUGGCCGUGCAAUUUAUGUACAUUUGCAACAAGACCUAUUAAAGUUUUAUUUAGCUAUUUUCA